AUGCUCUCCCUGAAGCUGAGGGCCAUCCUGUUCCCCUUCCAGAUGGAGCCCCGGCGCGAGGAGCUGCUGCAUGAGCUAGGGGUCCGUCCGUCCAUUCGUCCGUCGUCGUCUCCGUUCGUUCGACCUCCUCCUGAGUCCUGUCCUCUCAUGGAUGCACGCACGCAGGACAUGUGGGACGAGAUCGGGGAAGCGGAGGAGGACCGGCGGGGGACGCUGCAGGCGCUGGAGGAGGAUUGCCUCAACGUGUACCGCACCAAGGUGGAUCAGGUCCGGCAGCACCGAGCGCAGCUCAAGCGGGAGAUCGCCAACUCCGUCGCCGAGGUCGCCGCCAUCUGCGCCACCAUCGGCGAGCCGCCCUCCACCGUGCACACGGCCUGCUCCUCGCUCCAGGGCACAGGGAGCCUGAAGGAGGAGCUGGGCUUUAUCGCGCCGGAGCUGGCGGAGAUGCGGCGGCGGAGGGAGGAGAGGCGGCGCCAGUUCGCGGAUGUCACCCAGCGGGUCAACAGGAUCCAGGAGGAGAUGAACCUUCAGCUAGGCGGCGGCCAGGGCCAGCCGAAGGCUCAUGCCGCCGCCGUCGUCGACGGCUCCGACCUGACGACGACCAAGCUCGACGAGCUCAGAGCCUACCUGCACCACCUGCAGCAGGAAAAGGAAAGUCGCACCAAGAAGGUGGCGGAGCUCCUGGCUCUGCUGCACUCGUCAUCCUUGGUUCUCGGCAUGGAUCCCAGAGAGACAAACAAUGUCGUCAAUGGCGGCGGCGUGCAGGUGCAGGCCGGCGACAUCAGCGACGGCGCCAUCGCGGGGCUGGCUGCGGGCAUCGAGAGGCUGAGAGAGAUCAAACGGAGUCGGAUGGAGAAGCUGCAAGACCUGCUGGGCAGCAUGCUGGAGCUGUGGAACCUGAUGGACACGCCGGCGGAGGAGCAGCGGCGGUUCCAGGGCGUGGCCUGCAACAUCGCCGCGUCCGAGGACGAGAUCACGGAGCCCGGCGCCCUCUCCAUGGCCUUCAUACGCAACGUGGAGGCGGAGGUGGUGAGGCUGGAGACCCUCAAGGAGUGCCGGAUGAAAGACCUGGUCGUGAAGAAGCACGAGGAGCUCAUGGAGAUCCGCCGCCGCGCGCGCCUCCCGGAGGACGACGACGCUGCCGUCAUGGUGCUGGACGCCAUCGACAGCGAUGCCGAACGGGCUGUGAUCCUGGAGCGGCUGGAGGUGCAGAUCUCGGAGGCCAAGGACCUGGAGUUCAGCCGGAAGGACGUGCUGGAGAAGAUGGACAGGUGGCAGGCGGCGCUGGAGGAGGAGUCCUGGCUCGAGGAGUACAGCAGAAACGAGAACAGAUACAACGUCGGCAAAGGGACGCAUCUCGUUCUCAAACGCGCCGAGAAAGCCCGCUCCUUGGUCAGCAAAAUGCCGGCAAUGGCGGAAGCUCUGAUGGCGAAGGUGGUUGCGUGGGAGAAGGAGAGAGGCGCCAAGUUCGAGUACGACGGUGAGGUGCUGCUGGACAUGCUGGAGGACUACGGCAACACGAGGAAGGAGAAGGAGCAGGAGCGGAAGCGGCAGCGGGACCAGCGGCGGCUGCUGCAGCAGGUGCAGGGCGCGGCCGCGGCCGGCGUGGCGCUGCCGGACCGGGACGUGUCGUCGCCGGUGGCCCGACCGCCGCCCAAGAACAUCAAGAACGUCACCAGGACGCUGUCCAUGGGGGGAAACGCCGGCGGUGGCAGCGCCAGGAAGGCGGCGCCGGCGUCGUCCAGGCCCGGCACGCCCAGCUUCCUCAAGUCGCCCAUGUCGGCGCGCCGAGGCGGGAGCGACGAGGGCCAGAUGAUGUCCUCGGACUCCUUCGAGUGA